UAACUACUAUAAAACACCAAUUACCGAAACCCAGAUCUUCAAAUUCUCUCCUCGAAAUUUCCGUAAAUCCUUUUUAUCUUUCUUCCCUUUUAAUUCACAAAACUCAGGAUUUUCGGAAAUGGCUGAACAAAACAAGCUGCAACCUACAUUCACUAAGAUCAGCCAGCUUCGUCCUGGUGCUGAAAAUCUUAACCUUACUGUAAAAGUGGUUAGUUCAAAGCCGAUCACGACAAGAAGUCGCAAUGGGACUCAAGGACGCAAUAUGCGUAUAUCUGAAUGUUUGGUCGGUGAUGAGACUGGAGUUGUUGUAUUUACUGCUCGGAAUGAUCAAGUGGACGCCAUGAAGGAAGGAAGCACCGUAAUUCUCAGAAAUGCAAAAAUCGACAUGUACAAGGGGUCCAUGAGACUUGCAUGGGCUCGUGUGGAAGUCACUGAUUCGGCUGAUUUUUCUGUCAAGGAAGAGAACAAUCUCUCCCUUAUUGAGUUUGAACUUAUCACCGUUGAAGAGUGAGCAUUUACCCUUUUACCAUCGACUCUAAACAAUACAAGGCAUCCUAGUCUGUUCUUGUAUUGAGGGGUGGUUCACUUACAGUAUUGUAAGUUUUCAUGCCCUUUCUGUUUAGAAUUAGAGUCCAUGAGUGUUUAUUCUAGCUAUCAUGAGAUGAGUUAGUCUUUUGAGAAUAGUAGAUGUACUUUGUUCUUUAAGCUACAGUUGUAAGUUUUACAGUCGUUUAUGUAUACCCUUUGUUUUGAA